CCCCUCCCGGACGCCUGGGUCCCUCCCGGACGCCUGGGCCCCUUCCCGGAUGAAUGGGUAUCCCCCGGACGCCUGGGUCCCUCCCGGACGCCUGGGUCCCUUCCCGGACGCCUGGGUCCCUCCCGGACACCUGGGCCCCUUCCCGGAUGAAUGGGUAUUCCCCGGACGCCUGGGUCCCUCCCGGACGCCUGGGUCCCUCCCGGAUGCCUGGGUCCCCUCCCGGACGCCUGGGUCCCUCCCGGACGCCUGGGUCCACCCGGACGCCUGGGUCCCUCCCGGACGCCUGGGUCCCUCCCGGAUGCCUGGGUCCCCUCCCGGACGCCUGGGUCCCUCCCGGACGCCUGGGUCCCUCCCGGACACCUGGGUCCCUCCCAGACGCCUGGGUCCCCUCCCGGACGCCUGGGUCCCUCCUGGAUGCCUGGGCCCCUUCCCGGAUGAAUGGGUAUCCCCCGGACGCCUGGGUCCCUCCCAGACGCCUGGGUCCCCUCCCGGACGCCUGGGUCCCUCCCGGACGCCUGGGUCCCUCCCGGACGCCUGGGUCCCUCCCGGAUGCCUGGGUCCCCUCCCGGACGCCUGGGUCCCUCCCGGACGCCUGGGUCCCUCCCGGACACCUGGGUCCCUCCCAGACGCCUGGGUCCCUCCCGGACGCCUGGGUCCCUCCUGGAUGCCUGGGUCCCCUCCCGGACGCCUGGGUCCCUCCCGGACGCCUGGGUCCCUUCCUGGACGCCUGGGUCCCUCCUGGAUGUCUGGGUCCCUCCCGGACGCCUGGGUCCCUUCCCGGACGCCUGGGUCCCUCCUGGAUGUCUGGGUCCCCUCCCGGACGCCUGGGUCCGUUCCCGGACGCCUGGGUCCCUUCCCGGACGCCUGGGUCCCUCCUGGAUGUCUGGGUCCCCUCCCGGACGCCUGGGUCCGUUCCCGGACGCCUGGGUCCCUUCCCGGACGCCUGGGUCCCUCCUGGAUGUCUGGGUCCCCUCCCGGACGCCUGGGUCCCUUCCCGGACGCCUGGGUCCCCUCCCGGAUGCCUGGGUCCCUCCCGGACACCUGGGUCCCUCCCGGACGCCUGGGUCCCUCCUGGAUGCCUGGGCCCCUUCCCGGAUGAAUGGGUAUUCCCCGGACGCCUGGGUCCCCCCCGGACGCCUGGGUCCCUCCUGGACGCCUGGGUCCCCCCCGGACGCCUGGGUCCCUUCCCGGAUGCCUGGGUCCCUUCUUGGACGCCUGGGUCCCCUCCCAGACGCCUGGGUCCCUUCCCGGACGCCUGGGUCCCUCCCGGACGCCUGGGUCCCCUCCCAAAGUCUCCCCCACUCACAAGUCCUGGGCUGCCCCGGAUGCCUGGGUCCCUUCCCGGACGCCUGGGUCCCCCCCGGACGCCUGGGUCCCCUCCCGAACUCCUGGGUCCCUUCCCGGAUGAAUGGGUAUUCCCCGGACACCUGGGUCCCUCCCGGACGCCUGGGUCCCUUCCCGGACGCCUGGGUCCCCCCCGGAUGCCUGAGUAUCCCCCCGGACGGCUGGGUCCCCUCCCGGACACCUGGGUCCCCUCCCGGAUGCCUGGGUCCCUUCCCGGACGCCUGGGUCCCUCCCGCACGCCUGGGUCCCUUCCCGGACGCCUGGGUCCCUUCCCGGACGCCUGGGUCCCUCCCGGACGCCUGGGUCCCUCCCAAAGUCUCCCCUACCCAGAACUCCUGGGCUGCCCCGGACGCCUGGGUCCCUUUUCCUGCACCCUUUGUGUUCACUCCCGGACGCCUGGGUCCCUCCCGGACGCCUGGGUCCCCUCCCGGACGCCUGGGUCCCUUCCCGGACGCCUGGGUCCCCCUUUCCUGGACCCUUUGUGUUCACCCCCGGACGCCUGGGUCCCUCCCGGACGCCUGGGUCCCUCCCCCACAAUAAAAUGGGUGUCAAAGGAAGCGGCUGGGGGGGCUCUGUGGGGCCAUAGGGGUUUCUAUAGGGCAAGGGGGAUUCUAUAGGGGCUGGGGGGGGCU